AUGCUGGGAGGAACUGUUCAUUACCGUGUCCCUAUCCUUAUUACGGAGUGGACUGUCAAAUACUUUGUGACUGUGACAAAGACUUGUGUGAUAUUUCUAUGGGAUGUAUUAUUCUUACCACAGCAGCUCAGGAAAAAUGUUACCCCGGAUUCUUUGGAAAAAACUGUCGUGCAAAAUGUUCUUAUCCAUUUUUUGGGGAAGACUGUCAGGAACGAUGUGAUUGUGACGAAAGCCUAUGUGACGUUUCAAUUGGAUGUCUUGUUGUCACAACAGUACAAACAUCCUGUAGCCCAGGAUACUUUGGUACAAACUGUAGGGGAAAAUGUUCCUAUCCUUAUUACGGUGCGGAAUGUCAAGGUCAAUGUGACUGUGAUAAGGACUUCUGUGACGUAUCUACCGGAUGUAUCGCAAUUACAACAGUUCAAGCAGGAUGCAUCCCCGGGUACGUUGGUGAAAACUGUCGAGGAAAAUGUACGUAUCCCUAUUACGGUAUGGAUUGUCAAACACUGCGCGGAUCCAGAUUAUUUUUCCAGGGAAUAA